CAGUCUGCUUUCAUUUAACACGUCCGCAAAGGCUAAGGAAGUGAAAGCUAACACGUGGGAACAACAAUUUAAGACAUUUCUGUUUAUGGUUCAGGAAAAUUCAGUGCCUUUUUUUGCUCCGUGUUAUUUAAAGCUCUGUAAAUAUUUGACUUUAGGCGGUGUUUACAUAUCAGCGGUGUUUCGAGCCGCUCUGCAUAGUUUAUCAUGGCGCACAACGAAGAUAAUGAUUAUGAGUACAGAAUCAAAGAGGGAGACCACGUAGUGUUAAAACGAGGGGACGUCUACAAAGCUGUGCAAAUCCAGCGGAAGAAAAAGGUGAUUUUUGAGAAGCAGUGGAUCUUCCUGGACAACGCUGUGGGACAUCUGUACAGCACUACAUUUGAGAUUGCCUCCGGAGGAACCCUGCAACCAAAGGAAAACAAGGAAACAGAAAGCUCCACAGAUGUGCAGGUGGCAGGUACAGACAACAGACACAUCAACGAUGACGGCAAAUCACAGAAACUGACUCGGGACGACAUUGAGACGAUGAAAGAGCAAGGUCUGACGGAUAAGGAAAUCAUCAAGCAGCUCAUAGAUAACAGCUCAACUUUUAAUAAUAAGACUGGAUAUGCCCAGGAUAAGUACAUUAAGAAGAAGAAGAAAAAGUAUGAAAAUACAGUGAUGGUUCUGAAACCUACCUGUCGCAUCUUGGCCAUGAUGUACCACGGCCGCGAACCGGGGAAGAUCUGCCAUCUACGAUAUGACACGCUGGCACAGAUGUUGACUUUGGCAAACAUCCACGCUGGCAGUAAAGUUCUAGUAUUCGAGACCUGUGCCGGACUGGUACUGGGAUCCAUCAUGGAGCGAAUGGGAGGCUACGGCUCGGUGAUUCAGAUGUACCCAGGAGGUGGGCCUGUCCGGGCGGGGGUGGAGUGUUUUGGCUUCCCUGCACAUUUUCACGAUACGCUGCAUGAGUUUCCAAUCUGCCACGUCAACGCUUUGCUGGCGGGCACGCUGGACGCCAGUGCUAAAGACUCCGCUCCUGAGGAAAAGCAAUUGAGCGUGGCUGCAGAGGAGGAGCAAAAGCAGCCUGAGGCAGAACAGCAGGAAGGCAGUCCAGAGGAGGAGAGCAUGGAGGCGAACACCGGGGACGACGUGGGCCAAGACCAGGAGAAACUCGAGAUAGAGAAACGGCAAGAAGCAAAAGCUCAAGAGAGAAAAGUGAAGCUAGAAGAGAAGCGAAGGAAGCUGGCGGCGGCGGCUGCCCUGCUGGAAGGAAGGAACGCUGAUGGGUUGGUGAUAGCGAGUCACUUUCACCCUUGUUCUGUUCUCCUGGGCUUGCUCAAAUUCCUCUCUCCUUCUCGGCCGUUUGUGGUCUUUUCCCAGUACAAAGAGACACUUAUUGAGUGCUACACAAAGCUCAAAGAACAAGGUGGGACGGUCAACCUCAUGCUCACCGACACCUGGCUCAGGCAUUACCAGGUGUUGCCUGACCGGACACAUCCUCUGCUCCUGAUGAGCGGGGGCGGGGGCUACCUCCUCUCAGGGACCACUGUUGCCACGGACCCAUCCAAACCGGCAGGCUCCCCGCAGGCCGAGGAACCGGCUCCAAAGAGACAAAAAGUGAAAGACUGAGGGAUAAACACACGACGAAGGGUCAGAUCUGUCAGAGGCAUGUUGGCGUGACCUGCAGGGAUUUAUUUUCUCCACUCUGUUGAACUGAAGUGACACUAUUGCAGAAAUGAAGACGGGGUGUCUGGUUUGCAUCCAUCAGAGCACCUUCUUCUGUAUUUGUCCUCACAUCAGCUGAGGAGUAAAGUGUAAUCCCAAAACAGGUCAUCUCAGCUCAGUGUGUUCCUUAUGUAAGAGACGGAGGGGAUUUAUUUCUUUAAGAGACAAGUUUGCGUUACAUCCCUUGGCGGCAAUUGUUAAACAUGUUUUUAUUUUACAGAGUUGUUAUAGAACUCAGUUCCGAAUAAAGAUUUAUUGUAUCUACAUCAGGGUUUGUGCAGGAAAACCAAAUCUCUAAGAAAUGAUGUAUUGUGACCUCUUUUAAUUGUAGAAAUAAAUUCAACUUUCAUUUGG